UAGCCUACAGAGAAUCAUUUGUUAAUCCCAUAAUUCCCAAGGCAUUCGACGAUAUCAAAGACAAGAUUAGGUUUCAAACUGGAGAAAUAGAGAGCACGUUGCGUAAAGAACAUCGAAAUCAGACAAAUGACCAAAAACCUCGGAUAUUACUUGGUUCAAAUUAUGACGGGAUUCUAAAAAUUUACGUGAAUGCAAAUGAAAUAGAGAUUGGAUUUUUGAAGUUAUAG